AUGGCCUCAUCUGCAACUCCGUUCAUUCCCAAAGCAAUCAUUUUCGAUCUACUGACGGCCUUGCUUGAUUCCUGGACAUUAUGGGACGAAUCUACGCCAACAGGCACAGCGGCCGAAGGCCGAAAGUGGCGUGAGCGAUACCUGGAGCUGACCUUCGGUCAGGGCGCUUACGUGCCGUAUUCGACGCUUGUCACCCAAGCAGCUGACGACGUCAACUUACCCCGGUCAGCGCCCGAAGCCCUGCUUCGUGACUGGUAUCGACUCGCAGCCUGGCCCGAAGUUGGCGACGUCCUCGUUCGCCUGAAGUCGAAGGGCUACAAACUGGGUGUCAUCACAAACUGUUCGUUGGAGGGCGGCACUGCGGCUGUGAGAAAUGCAGAGAAGGCGGCUGCAGACAAGGGCCAUGGCAAAUUCGAGUUCGACGCUACUAUAACAGCCGAAGAAAGCGGUUUCUAUAAGCCGGUCCAGCAGGCCUAUCAAGCUAUUUUGCCGAGGCUCGGCGUCGCGGUGGACGAGGUGCUUUUCGUGGCUGGAAGCAAUGGAGAUGUGGAGGGCGCGACAAGCGCAGGGUUCAAGGUCGUUUGGCACAACAAGGUUGGCCUGCCAAAGAAAGGGCAGGCUGAACCUCUGAGAGAAGGUCGGACGUUAAAUGAAGCACUUGAGGCCUUCUUGUGA